GCUGGUACUUUGUUACAUUUCACUGAGGAUUUCCUGGCAGUAAGGAAGGUGCAGGAUUGUAGAGGGACAGAUGGAAAGAUCGCUGCUGCAAACACAGGGCUUCUUAGAGAUCAGGAACAGCACCCAGAGCGGGCUCUUGAUCAUUGGAAACUUUCCAGAGAAAUACUCCGAGCUGCAAGUUACUCUCGGCCCAUCAUCCAUAUGUCUUAGUACUGGAGGGCAGUGCAUCAACCUAGAUUUGCCAGUAGGCGUCAGAAUUGUUCCUCCCUCCUGCCGCAAUCUCCAGUAUGUCGCAGGAGAUGGAUUCCACAUGAGGCUGCAAGUUCAGAUUAAUCAACCUGCAGAGCUGGUACCAACUGUCAUAGAAACUUUGCAAGCCCAGACAUCCUAUAACUUUCAGUGCCAAACCUGUCGACAAUCUGUGCUCAAGAAGCAGACGUUUCAGAGAGUUUUACCGUUGCCUAGUGAAAAUUGGAGUGAUUUGGUGGAGCACUGGUGCUGUCAUCCUGAUCCAUUUGCCAAGGCCUUACGACCGAGGUUGGAUGACUGUUUAUUAGGCGACACUUUCCUACUUGUGAAUGUGGCGAGCAUUGAUAAAACUGCAGUGCAUGAAGAGCCAGCAGGGCAGUCAGAUGUCAAGCAGAAUGCAGUUCACAGUGGAACCCAUGUGGUGCAGAUGGAAAGUGAAAAUAACACAAUAGUUUGCACUCGCUGUAGAAAGUUGCUGGGAAUUGUGACUUCAUCAGAUACCAUUAAAUUUUAUAUCACUGAGGUGCUGGUCCAACCUUUGACAAAUAAGACUUUGAAAAGACAGAUACGUGAAAGAUCUUGGUUUGUGGAGACUGUGAUUGCUGGCCGGCUGAAGGAGUUAUCAUCUGCUCAGUGUAGCUUCAGGUUCUGUAUUCAGGGGCACAAUGGUAAAACCUAUAUUCUGCUCUGGCUUUUGAAUUCUGACAGCCUGCUGGUGAGAUCACACAACGAUGUAAAAGGUGAUUUUGCUGGAGUUGACAAGAAGGCUGUAAAGCCAGAGUCAUCUCACAAAUUUUGUGAAGGAAGCAACGCUGUCAAAGUACUGUAUCAGCCCUGUUUAAACGGGAGAAACAAAAUUGCAGAAGAGAAGUGGGAGAAGAAUAUUUCUGUACACUGCAUGACCCUUCCAGUGAGCACCUGCCUGCAGUUGUUACUCAUCCUAGCUUCAUCAACUGCCUCUCUCCCUCCUUCACUACAGAACAUGAACUCUUUCAAGGUAGCAUUUUUGAAACUGGAUUGAUCAAAGUCAUUACCUGAUUGGAGGAGUACUUGGACUAGAGAAAAAGUCCUCCUAACUGUGAAAUAAUUGGAGAAUGAUGAAGAUCAGUUUACAAAACUACUGUUUAUAAAAACGUGAAUGUCAUAUAGUGAGCCAUUUGAUCAACCUUGAUGAGGGAAAUAUAAUGUCUGCAGGCAGCGGCUCAUCAAGACAAAAUGUAACUUCUGGUUUUCUAUCCAGGGUAUCAGCAAACCGUAAAUCACUUACCAGAAUAAAUCUUUGAAUCCCACUGAAACUAGUGUUUGGUUAGAAAUAUUUCUUCUCUGAAACAUCUACAUUAUACUGUCAAAAUCACUGCAAAACUGCAUAUUGUAAUAUGAUUAAGUUGAUUCUAUAAUCCAUUUAGGUGAAAUAACAUCAUCAGCUGUGACCUUUCAACCCUAUUAUAUUGCUUAUCCUCCUGGGAAUCAAUUUGCAUUUAUAUAUUACUUUAAACAUAAUAAAACAUCUAGAGGUGCCUUGCAGGUGAAUUAUAGAGGAAAAUUUAACAUUGAUUCACAGAAUGAGUUUUUUAGGUCGAUGUCCAAAGUCUUGCUCAACGAAGUAGGCUUUAAGGGACGUCUUAAAAGGAGAAUAGGAAGGAGGAGAUAGUUAGCAAAAGAAUUCCAGAAUUUGGAGUAUAUUAAACAUUAACGUUAUGAACAUGUUAAUUACAGCAAACGUUGUUUUAACCAGUUCUGUCACUCCUGAUAAACCAAAUUCACUCAAUGUCCAGUCUAUGGGACAGAUGUGUUUUGUUCAGAGGUCUAUGAACUUAGUGGAGUUACUUUGCAAUACGAACUAGGAAUGGAAUCAGUUUUAUGCAUAACAAUCAUUAGCACAAAACUGACUUUUUCAUAUUACAGACGUAGUGAUUGAGAUUGUCAGCUAAAAGGGAAUUAAUAUGUCCUAUUUGUGUGUAGGUGAACAAAGAUUUCCAUGUUAGGUUUGUUCACAUCAAAAUCUAAACUUCAGAUUUGGUUCUGCACCGUGCAUUAUGUAUACUGCAUGUCUGAUCUGUUUUCAGCUUAAUCCUGGCCAAUACCCCAGUCUGGGAACGUGUUAAAGAAGGAAGUAUUCCUGUCCAUUUCAAAGUGAGAUGUUGUGAAAAGCAAUGGUUAAUAGUCUAUUUAUUAUUUUUCCUCCUUGAUUUUUGAAAUUUAAAUAUUUCUGUUUAUAUUAAUGUGUUGCUGUCUGCAGUGAGGAUUGGAAGAUGGGAUUGUGAAUUUACAGUAGUAAAUUAUGGUUGUUUAUCCAUCAGUUGUAAUCUAUAACUUGUGCCAGUUAGUACUUGAGCCUUUAUUAAAAGGACUUAUUUGGCCAUUGACACAGCAAGAGAUUGAGGCCCCUUACAAUUCACCACGCUCAACUUCAAGUCAACUUUCUAGCCAUAUCUUAAGGCAUAAACGUAAACAUUCUGUGCUGGUUUCCAUGAAAAAUAAAACAUAGUCUUUUUAGCA